CCUGCCUGACCCACAGCCGCGCCCGCCCCGGCUGGGCGAGCCCGCGUCCCGAGAUGGAGCGCAGCCGGGAAGCCGAGAUGGAGCUGCGGAGGGGCCCCGAGGGGGGCGGCGACAAGGCCGUGAGCCACAGCUGUUGCAUCUGCGGCAAAAGCUUCCCCUUCCAGAGCUCCCUGUCGCAGCACAUGCGCAAGCACACGGGCGAGAAGCCCUACAAGUGCCCCUACUGCGACCACAGGGCUUCCCAGAAGGGCAACCUCAAGAUCCACAUCCGCAGCCACCGCACGGGGACGCUGAUCCAAGGCCACGAGCCCGAGGCCGGCGAGGCGCGCGUGUCCGAGGGCCUGGACGGCUGUACCAGCCCCACCAAGAGCACCUCGGCCUGCAACAGGAUCCUGAAUGGCGCCAGCCAGCUGGACGGCAGCAAGAUCCUGCUGCGGAGCAGCCGGAAGGAUGCCGAGGGGGCCCCGUGCGCCGCGGAGGACGGCCGCGCCCCCGCGCAGUGCUCCUUCUGCAAAAGCAAGUUCGGGCGCAAGAAGGAGCUGCAGCGGCACGUGCAUCGGGCGCAUAAGCCCUUCAAGUGCCGGCUGUGCAGCUACGUGACGCUCCGCGAGGAGUCGCUGCUGAGCCACAUUGAGAAGGACCAUAUCACGGCGCAGGUGCCCCGCGGUGAGGCCUGCGUGGAGAACGGCAAACCGGAACUCCCGCCGGGGGAGUUCCCGUGCGAGGUGUGCGGCCAGGCCUUCAGCCAGACCUGGUUCCUGAAGGCGCACAUGAAGAAGCACAGGGGCUCCUUCGACCACGGCUGCCACAUCUGCGGCCGAAGAUUCAAAGAGCCGUGGUUCCUGAAAAACCACAUGAAGGCGCACGGCCCCAGGGCAGCGAGCAAGAACAGGCCCCGGAGCGAGCUGGACCCCAUCGCCACCAUCAACAACGUGGUGCAGGAGGAGGCGAUCGUGGCCGGCCUGGCCCUCUACGAAGUCUGCACCAAGUGCGGGAACCUGUUUACAAACCUGGACAGCUUGAACGCCCACAACGCCGUCCACCGCCGGGUGGAGGCGGGCCGGACGCGGGCCCUGGCCGGUGAGGGUGCGCUCGGCCCCGUGGACUCCCAGCAGCUCUUCCUCCAGUGCCUGAACCUGCGCCCCGCUGGGACUGAGGCGCCCGCCCACGCACAGGCCGGGCGGCGGGUGGCCGAGCUGGACCCGGUCAACAGCUACCAGGCCUGGCAGCUGGCCACCAGGGGCAAGGUGGUAGAGCCGGCCGAGUACCUCAAGUACGGGGCGUGGGACGAGGCGCUGGCCGGGGACGUGGCCUUUGACAAGGAGCGGCGCGAGUAUGUCCUGGUAAGCCAGGAGAAGCGGAAGCGCGAGCUGGAGCCGGGCGCGCAGGGCCCCCCGCGCAAGAGGACGGGAGCACCUGGGGACUUGGUGCCCGGACCCCUGGACCCCCGCUCCGCCGCUGCGCGCCCCAGCCGCCGCGCUGCCACCCCGGCGGGCCACGGCAAGUCCUCCGAGUGUUUCGAGUGCGGCAAGAUCUUCCGCACCUACCACCAGAUGGUGCUGCACUCCCGGGUGCACCGCCGCGCGCGCCGCGACCAGGACGGCCCCGGGGAUCGUGCGCCCCGAGCCCGCUCUGGCUCCUUCAGUGAGGGCGACUCAGCCUCGCAGCCCAGCAGCCCCGGCUCGGCCUGCGGCGCUGCCACCGACUCUCCAGGCUCUGGCCUAGCCGAGGAGGCCGCGGACGAGAGCGGAGAGGAAGGCGUGGCCGACCCUGUACCAGGGGCAAAGCCACACGGCCACUGCUUUCCCGAAGACGCGGCUUCUCCCGUGUUCUCCAACAGUCACCGCCUCAGAGACACCCCGUUGGAGCGAGACCCCGGCAGGCCCUGCGCGGAAGCCGCAGCCUCUGUGUCCGCCCGUGAGGACCACGGCAGAGCGCCGGCCCGGAGGCCGGAGCCCCCGCGGUUUUCUGUGGACUUGAAGAUGCCGGCGUGUCACCUCACGCAGGAGGCCGCCGGCUCCAGGGACAGCGCAGAUGGCUCUUCCCACGCGGAUCAGACUUGCGCGGAAGGGGCCCCCUGGCGGCGCUCGUCCGAGAGCCCGGCCGGCCGCCCGAGGGAGAAGCCAUGCGGUUUGCACAGUAAGGAGCGUGCGGGGCGGGGCGCGAGGGCGCUGGCCCCCGACCUGGCCCCGCUGGACCUCAGCGAGCGGUCGACCCGGGACGACCGCAGCCACAAGGAGCUGGCGGCCUCGCUGCAGGCCGCGCUGGCCGUCCACCCCUGUCCUUACUGCAGCCACAAGUCCUACUACCCUGAGGUCCUGUGGAUGCACAAGCGCAUCUGGCACCGUGUCAGCUGCAGCGCCGUGGCCCCGCAGUGGACGCAGCCCAAUGGGCACAGAAGCAUCAGGAACAACUUGGUUUUCCUUGUCCGCAGCGGGCGCACGGGCCCCCCGCCCGCCCUGGGGGGCAAAGAGUGCCAGCCUCUGCCCAUCGCCCGGUUCACGCGCACCCAGGUGCCGGGUGGGGCGCCCGGGGCCAAAGGCAGCGCCCUGCCGCUGGGCGGGACUGCGAAGGCCGCCGGCGCGUCCAAGAGCCGGGAGGGCCAUCCCGGGGGCCCCUGUGCGCCCUGGGCGGCCGGCUCCGAGGGGCCUCGGCAGACCAAGCCCGGCCACGGCCCCGAGCCGCACGGGGCCCCGGCCCAGCCGCCCCCGCCGAGGCCGAAGCGGGAGGCCAGCCCCAGACCGGCGCCCGGGGCCGGUGGCGGCCUCAGCAGGAGCACCACCCCCACGCCCACUGUCAUCGCCCGGGCCGGCUCCCAGCCGCCGGCCACCAGCAGGCUGGGGGACAAGUAUGUCGUCCCCCCAGGGGGGGCCGGCCUGGGCCCCCCCAGCAAGCACAGCGCCCCGGACCCAGUGAAAGCCAAAUCGAGCCCUCAGGCUCAGGGCCCGCCGCACGGGAAAGGCGACGGGGGCCCCCCUCUACCUCCCCGAGAGCCCCCCUCCAAGGCCGGCCCGGGCCCCAGGGGCAACACGGCCCCGCCGGCCCCACCCGCCGCCAAGCAGGAGCCGGCCUGCGAGGGCCCCGAGAAGCGCCUGGACAUCCUCAGCAUCUUUAGGACCUACAUUCCAAAGGACCUCGCCAGCCUCUGCCAGGGCUGGGGCGCCGCCGGCCCCGCGCUGGGCCACCGAGGGACGCUCCGGACACAGGCCCGCCCAGGAGACUUCGUCUGCGCCGAGUGCGGGAAGUGCUUCCACCAGCCCAGCCACCUGCGGGCGCACAUGCGGGCUCACUCAGGUACGCUGGCCCCGCCCCCCCGGCUCCGAGGUGCUGAAGUGCACGCCGCCUCCGCGGACGCCCCCAAACAAGCGAGAGACCCUUCUGACCCAGACGCCGUCCAGACCGUGCCUCUUGGAAAGGGAACCUAA